GACCAGCUGCACCGCUUCUUAGCUCUUGCUACCCCUGCUCCCCACUCCCUAUUAAAAAGGGCCGCAGCCCAGUCCCCAGCCGCUGACCCCUCCCCAAAAUUUUAAUCCCCGCCCCCAAUUCAAUCAAUCAAGAAACCUAUCUCUCUCCCUCUCUCUCUCUCUCUCCCUCUCCUCGCACCUCAGCCCCCUUUCCUCCUGCACCUACUUGCACCUUUUUCAGGCUCGAACAAGCCAAAGCCAAGGACCCCGAGUGACCGAAUCGUCAAUUUUCACUUUCUCCUCUCCAUCUGCAUCCCGAAGAUUUAUUUGCUUAGGGCUCAUAAUUAUUAUUUUUUUUAAAAUCUGUAGUAGGAAUUUUGUUGUACUCUCAAUUUCUUUGGGGGGUGACUUUAGCUUUGUAUUUGAACUAUGUAAAUGACGAGAUAGUCAGGUUUAUUGCUUUUGUAUUUUUCUGUAUUUGUUUUUUGAAUUGUAAUGGAUAUGGAGAGUUCAGGUAGACCGUUUGAUAGAUCUCGAGACCUAGGGUUGAAGAAGCGUAGGCUUACCCAGGACCCAAUCCCGCUGGAUCGCACCUCCAAUGGCCGCUCCAACAGCUCCUUCAUUCAGCAGCAGCGCCCCGCGCUGCCGUCUGCAAAUUCGACCUCCGUUGCUGCUGGUUCCAGAUUUCGGGUGAGCGAUAGGGGCGGCGCUGAUUCCGAGAGCAGUGACUCGGUGCGGGGACCUUAUCCACAACAGCACUUGCAGCAGCAACAACAGAUUCUGGAGCUUGUGAAUCAGUACAAGACGGCCUUAUCUGAACUGACUUUCAAUUCCAAGCCGAUUAUUACCAACUUGACUAUUAUUGCUGGGGAAAAUCUCCAUGCUGCCAAGGCCAUAGCGGCUACUGUCUGCGCCAAUAUCCUCGAGGUUCCUCGUGAGCAAAAGCUCCCAUCUCUUUAUCUUUUAGACAGUAUUGUGAAGAAUAUUGGAAGGGAUUACAUCAAAUACUUUGCUUCCAGGUUACCUGAGGUUUUCUGCAAGGCAUAUAGACAGGUUGAUCCUUCAAUACAUCCUGGCAUGAGGCAUCUUUUUGGCACUUGGAAAGGAGUAUUUCCUUCUCCAACACUUCAGAUGAUUGAGAAGGAUCUUGGAUUUGUACCUGCUACUAAUGGUUCUUCUUUAGGAACAUCAUCUAGGCCUGAUGCUCCUGCUGCUCGCCCUGCACAUAGCAUCCAUGUGAACCCCAAGUAUUUGGAGGCAAGACAGCGUCUUGAUCUGUCUACUAGGGCCAAAGGUUCUGCCAGUGAUAUUAGUGGAAACCUGUUAAACUCAUCUGAGGAAAGACUUGAAAGAACUCCGGGUGUUGGCUCUGGAAGACCAUGGGUUGAUCCUACUCUUAAGAAUAUUCAGCAUCCUCAAAGAGAACAACUGAGUGAUGCCCCAUUUGAUGACUCUGAAUAUGAUUCUUUGAUGUUGAAGCGAUCGGGCAUUGCAAUUGGAGGAGCAGGUGAAAAGUUCAAAGAGCAGGUAUUUGAUAAGACAUGGUUUGAAUCUGGAGGUGUCAUGCCGGCUGACCAAGGGAAUGGUUUUGAUGUUAAGCAUGGGUUUCCAAGGUAUCCAGCUCUGAGGUCUGUAAGUUCUGCAAAUAUGCAACCCAGACCGAUCUUUCCCAGUAAAAGCACCAGUGGGAUGACUAAGAGCUGGAAGAACUCUGAGGAAGAGGAGUACAUGUGGGAUGAUAUUAACUCAAGAGCCACUGAUCAAAGUGCAAUCAAUAGCUCUGGAAGAGAUCGUUGGACACCUGAUGAUUCUGAAAGAACUAGUGAAGCUUCAGCUGAUUCUCUAUCCACUGAACAGAAAGGCCAAGCUGCUAUUGGACAUCGAAUAGCAACAUCAUGGUCCCAGGACCCGGUCCUGUCAGAAGGGACUAGUCAUUUGCCUUCUUCCAGAAUCAUGAAUAAUUCUGGAAGCUAUCCAACAUCUCUCAGUGGGUUGGCAACUGCUGCUAGUACUGUAGGUAGGCCUCUUUUCCAUUCGAAAAUAGGGCCUGGUGGUGGCGGAACACCAGGCUAUAGUUUCUCAAGUGCAACAUUGGGGCCCAUGGGAUCCAUAGGACAACCACGACAGACUCUGGGAGCUGCAUCACCCUCUGCACAGUCCCCCAUGCAUCAGCGGCCUUCUUCACCUUCCUUUUUAGUACGUGGAGCCAAUCAAGUAGCUCACAAUUUAGCUGAGCGUGACCAAAAACCAGCCUUGCCUCCUGCAGAGUGUAGAGCUUCUCAAUAUCCAGGACACCUUAAUCUUGGGGCCAAUUCUCAGCCAUUGCCAUCCCGGAAUGCCCAUCUUGCUAAUUUGGAGAGACAGCAGCCACCAAGUAUUUGUGCUUUGUCUUCUGUAGCAUCUCCUCAUUCUCUAUUGUCUGAAUCUAUUCGUCAAACAUCGACAUCAUCAUUGCCCGAAAUUUCAGGUUUAGAUCUCUCCUCAGUGUCAAAAAAUCCAUUUUCCAAAGAUACCAAUGCGGUGGCUACACAAUCAAGCACUAGUAGUUUGUUGGCAGCUGUUAUGAAAAGCGGAAUACUUGGUGGUAAUCUUGUUAGUGGAAGCGUACCUUCUCUAAGUUCUCAGGAUGCUGGAGUUGCAGCAACUGAGGCAAGCAAGCAGCCUACUCUAACUAGUCAUCCUUCAACCCACUCUACAAUGGUGGGGCCCAGGAUUUCACCUGCUUCUGUUUUGAGUCAGUCAUCGAAUGAAAACACGUCAAAAUCCUCAAUUUUACCCCAGAGAAAUGGUGGCCAACUACCAGUGCCUCCUGAGACACUUCCUUCCUCUAUCGUCGGUAGUGCCUUGGCACAGCCCUUGAAUGCAGCUAAUGCUGUCUCUGCUCCAGUUUCUAGUCUUUUGAGUUCACUUGUUGAGAAGGGAUUGAUAUCUGCAUCAAAGACCGAGUCAGUAACUUCUCUUAUGCCAGAUGCACCUGGUCGAUCUCAGAACCAGAGUCUUGAAAUUGCAAGCACAAGUUCAUCUCCAAUUUCCUUACCACUUUGUUCCUCAUCUACCAAACAGGAGCUGCCUAUUUCUGAGCUUACGUCAAAAGCCAAGGACGUGUUGCCCGAGUCCACUGCAGCUGAAAUGAAAAAUCUUAUUGGUUUUCAAUUUAAGGCAGAUGUGCUUAGGGAAUUCCAUCCAGCUGUGAUCAGUGAACUUCUCGAGGAUCUUUUGUUUAAGUGUAGCAUAUGUGGUCUUCGGCUCAAAAUUGAGGAGCAACUCAACAGACACUUGGAGUGGCAUGCUUUGCGAGACAAAGAUAAGAACAAUUUGAAUAAGGAAUCAAGAGAAUGGUAUUUGAAAUCAGUUGAGUGGAUAGCAGGUAAUGCUGGUAUUGUGUCUAAUAAUGAAUCAGCAGGGGUUUUGGAAGGUCCCAGCAAGAGAUCAGAAUGUAAUGAGCAGAUGGUUCCUGCUGAUGAAAGCCAAUGUUUAUGUGUGUUGUGUGGUGAGCUUUUUGAAGAUUUUUACAGCGAGGAAAGAGACCAAUGGAUGUUCAAAGGAGCUAGCUAUGCCAAUGUCACUGGAAUUACAAAUGAGGGAGCAUCUCAGGACACGAUAGUCCAUGCAAACUGCUUAGCAAAAAGUUCUCUUGAUUUGGAUUGUGCCACGAACAUCAAGUAGCAAAGGUCCAGUAGGUUUUUGAGGUAAACUUUGGUGAUGUAAUGAUCCUGGUGCAUGAAAACCAGCAAGUGGAGUAUGUUCCUUGUUCGCCUCAUGCAAAAGUAUAUUCAAGGCUGAACCCUUGUAUUCCUGUAAGUGUUGAGCUUGUUCAAAAGCUACCUCCUUGGUUUUCUUAUUUAAAUUUUUGGUUCUCAAGGAAAAGGAAUAAAAAAAAAAGGAAGAUGUUUGUUGUCAGUUUCUUUUUCCAUUUGAUUGAGUUGUCCUUUAUGCUUUCUUUUCACCAUAUUUUCUUGCAAACUUGAGCUUGGUUCUGGAAUCUGCCAGCAGCAGCAUUUAUGAAUUCAUCAGCUGCAUGUCCAUUCCAAAGUCAAACUUCACAUUCUGCACGAGGCUUACAUCCUCUUUAUGUUAAUGUGAUGGAUUAUGUUGGACUUUAUUGUCCCAAUCCCCUUCUCAUCUAUUUAUUUCGAUGAUGCCUUUAAUGACCCUAAAGUAAUGUAUCAAGUUUUUGCAAACAUUAUUCAAAGCCUACUCAGUUGUGUA